AUGGAGAAGCAGGCUUUAAUGGGUGUGACCUCCUUGUCAUCUUUCCCAAGUUCUUCUUCUACAUCUUAUUUUACUGCCCGAACAAGUUCUUUAUCUACUUCUCCUGCUGGCCAAUGGAAAUAUGAUAUCUUUCUCAAUUUCAGAGGUGAGGACACCCGCAAUAAUUUUGUGGAUCAUCUAUAUAAUGUUUUGAAAGAUAGAGGCAUUUACACUUUUAGAGAUGAUCAAAAACUUGAGAGAGGGAAAUUCAUUAAAGAAGAGCUAUUGGAAGCCAUAGAAGAAUCGAAGUUUGCUAUCGUUGUUCUUUCAGAAAACUAUGCAUCUUCAACUUGGUGCUUAGAUGAACUUGUAAAAAUCAUUGAUUGUAGGAAAUAUAUGGGAAUGACAGUUCUACCUGUUUUUCACUAUGUGAAUCCAUCUGAUGUACGGAAACAAAGAGGAGCUUUUGCAAAGCCAUUUGUUGAAUAUGAAAAAAAGGGGAAAAAAGAGAGGGUAAAGAAAUGGAGAGAUGCUUUGAGACAAGUGGGCAACCUUCGCGGAUGGCAUUUAAAUAAUUAUCGGCCUGAGUCACAUGAUAUCCAAAGCAUUGCGGGAUGGAUAUCGCUUAACUUGAAAUAUGAUGCAUUUGCAAAUAUUACUAAGGAUCUAGUAGGAAUAGAUUCUCAAGUGGUGGAGUUGCUGUUAUGUUUAGCUAUGAUGUCAAAUAAUGUUCGUUUUAUAGGGAUUUGGGCGAUGGGGGGAAUGGGUAAGACAACUCUUGCAAGGGUUGUUUAUCAAAUGGUUUCUAAAGAAUUUGAAGCUUGUAGUUUUAUAGAGGAUGUUAGGGAAAAUUAUGAAAAAGAUGGUUUAGUUCCACUACAACAGAAAAUUAUUGAUCAAAUUUUGAUGGAAACAAAUUUGAAAAUAAGUGAUGAGUAUGAUGGGGUUCUCAAUAUCAAGAAUAGGUUAUGUCAUAAAAAGAUUUUACUUGUUCUUGAUGAUGUAGAUAAACCAUACUUGUUAAAUAUGUUAGCUCGAAAGCAUGAUUGGUUUGGUUCAGGCAGUAGAAUUAUCAUAACAACAAGAGAUGUGCAGGUGUUGAGGACACAUGGAGUAGAUGAAAUAUAUGAAGUUAAAGGAUUAAAUGAUGAAUAUGCUCUUCAACUUUUUUGCUCGAAAGCCUUUAAGAAAAAGUACGUCCCAGAUGAUUUUUUAAAUGUGUCUAACCGCUUUUUGAAUUAUGCUGCUGGCCUUCCUUUAGCUCUUAAGGUUUUAGGUUCCUUUUUGUUUGAUAAAAGUGUUAUUGAAUGGGAAAGUGCGUUAGAGAGGCUCAAAGAAUUUCCUGAGAGAGAAGUUCUCCAAGAAUGGGUAGGAACAUAG